ACCCUAACUUCACCUAAAAUCAAAACAAAACCCUUUCCCCUCUUUUCCUUCCCUCUCUUUCUCCUCAUUACAAAAUCAAACCCCUUUUUCCCUCUCUUCUUCUCAAUGGGAAAAUACUUGCGUAAAGCUAAAAUAACAGGUGACGUGGCAGUAAUGGAAGUAUCACAAUCAACUACUCUUGGUGUUCGUACUAGAGCAAGAACCUUAGCCCUUCAACGUCUUCAAUCUUCAUCCACUACUCCACCGCCUGACACGUGUUACCUUCAACUUCGUUCUCGUCGCCUUGAGAAACCACCACAUACCCACCUACCCGACCCGGAAAAGCCCAAUAGUACCCAAACAGAGGCCCAUUCCAGGUUUGGGUCGGGUUCUGUUAGUGACAAAGAUGGGUUCUUGGAUUUUGGCUCGUUUGGGGAAAAUAGUCUUGAUUUUGAACAACCCAGAGAUGAUAGGAGCACUAGAGAAAGCACACCUUGCAGCGUGGCGAGGGAGGUGGAUGUUAUGGUCAACCCUGGUUCUGCGACAAGGCGAACAGAGUUAAACACAACAGCUCAAAGAACAAGGAACUCUAUCCUUAGAAAUAUCCCUUCAGCUCAUGAAAUCGAGGAAUUCUUCACCUUUGCUGAGCAGCAACAGCAGCGCCUUUUUAUGGAGAAGUACAACUUUGAUGUGGCAAAUGAUUUACCCCUUUCUGGCCGGUACGAGUGGAUUAGGGUGAAUCACUGAGUUGGGGCUGAUUACUUUUCCCUAAAACAUCUACAUUUGGAAUGGGGGCUUGAAGGAAGUUACUGGAUAUUUUAUGUUCACCCCCAGGCCCCAACUAAAUUAUUAUAUUGUAUAAAGGGAGAUUGGUGUAGUUUUAGUUGUCUGUCAGAUGGCAGAAUUACACAUGACUAACAAUUUGGAAGUAGUAGAACAGGCAUAAAUUGUCAAUUAGGCUUUGACUGUAUUUGUAACUUGCAAGGUGACAUAGCCAACACCUUUUGUA